CGACAAGCCGCGCGCACUCCUCUGCCAUGCUCGCACCCCCUCGACCGUCCUCCCCCUCGAUCAAGACGCCGCCAAGAUCGGCCGCGACCCUGUGGACCGCUCGCCUCGUCGCCACGCUCUGGAAGCUCGCGGUCAAGCGCGCGCGCCGACUGCGGCGACAGGCUCGCAAUGGAGCCGCUGCCGACAAGGCCGACCUCAUGCACGGCAGCGCACCGCUGAGCUCCACGUCCUCGGAGGGCGACCCUCUCGACUUCGAGGACGACGAGGACGGCUCCAUCAUGCGCGAAGCCGCGCUCUCGGUGGUGGCGUCGGGCAUCGUCUCGCUCGCCGACUUCGAGGCCGUCACCGGCUUCCGUCUGCCCAAGAAUGAAUCCACUCCGGUAAAAGACGACGACGCGAGCUCGGAGGCCGCCACGGAUACCUCCGACGACUCGUGCAGCAUCGCAGGCAGCGAAUUGUCUGAGAUCGUGCUCGACGAGGAACCUAUUACCGCCUCGAGCCCCAAAACCAACCUCUUCAAGAGGCAGAGCUCUUCUGGGCCGCUGCAACAGCCGGCUGCUCGACGAAAGCCUACGUCGUCGGGCAAACCGGCCAGGUGGGCGCAUCGCCGGUGGAAUGCGUCUCUACCGUUGGGGUUGCUCUGGAGCGUCGAGCGCGUGGAGAUCAACGUGACGCGGACCGACGAGCGACAGGAAUUGGUCUUCGUAUUGGAGGUGUUCUUGAGCCUGCCCACGUCGCGCCUGCCGGUCAGCAAGCCAAGUUCGAACGAAGAGCGCGCAGCGAAGGCGGGAGCUUGUCCGACCUUCAGGGUAGAGCGCCAAUUUCGCGACUUUGAGGAGCUCCGGAAGAGCGUUUCGGCCUGUUUGAGCACCGAGCGGCAGUGCUCCUGCGAGCAUUGCCUCAAGUUCAUUGAGUACAUUCGGUUCUCGAGCAGCCAGCCGCGCGGACUGGUGAAGCGGUUCGCUGGCAAGGAGAAGCGCAGGCGGGUUCUCGAACGCUUCACCAACGAUUUUGUUGCAAUGGGCCAGCGACGCGUCCAGAAGACGGGCAAGCACAAGUGCCAAGCGCAGCAGCUCGUGCCUCCGCUGCUCACUGCGUUCCUGCUAAACGACGCCAUGUAUUAG